AGAAUUCCCUUGGCGUCUAAUUUCAGCCAUUUUACGCACAUUUUGAUUUGUUCUGAAAACGAAACCACUUCUGAAUCGAUUGUUAUUACGAAUAAUGAGUUCAGAUCACGAGGUAUUAGAGGGUAGAAGAGGUUCUGAUGAGUCUGAUGCUUCAGGAUCUCCAGACUCUAGAUCAGAACAUGGGGAUCACAAACAUGGUUCAAGAUCAAGAAGUAGGUCAUACCAUUCUGACAGAGCAAAAUACAGGGAACGUUCAAGGACAAGGUCACAUUCAAGAGGACAUCGUAGAAGAAAAUAUUCUUAUUCAAGAUCAAGAAGCCGAAGUUACAACAAAUACUCUAGGUCCAGAUCAAGAUCACCAUAUCAUAAAAAGUCAUCCAGAUACUCUAGAAGCAGAAGCCGAGAUCCAUCACCAGCUUAUUCCCGUGACUACAAAAACAACUCCUCAAGACGAUAUGGUUAUGGUAGAAGUUAUAGUCGAUCGCCACCAAGAUACAGAGGAGGAGGAAGGAAAUACAAGGUACGUUAGAAAGACUUGGGUAUAAUAUACUACAAAAAGGAAGAGAAGUUGAUUUAAAAUUAUGAAUCAUUGAUUGGUUAUUGUUCUUUAAUUUCAGUCAAAUUAAAUUUUGAGUCGUGUUAAGGUUAC